AUGCCGACCGAACUUACUAAGUCAUCUCGAAUCCUCAUUGUGGGAGGUGGGACUUGGGCUGUAUCUACAGCUCUCCACCUAGCUCGUCGAGGUUAUGUAGAUGUUACAAUACUCGAUGCAUAUCCAAUACCAUCCCCAAUAUCCGCUGGGAAUGAUGUCAAUAAGAUUGUAGAACAAGGCUCUUUCACAGAGGGCGAAGAUGAUGUUUCUAUGAUUCUACUCAACAAAGCGACGGAAGGCUGGUUAAAUGAUUCAGUAUUCAAACCUUACUACCAUCCUACUGGGUAUAUUGUUGCUGCAGACACGCCAGCUGCAUUGGAGCAGGUUGAAAAGCGAGAGCUGCCCGAUUCAAAGUCUGGGUUUGUAAGACUAAAGACCGCGGAGGACUUCAGAAAGACGAUGCCUCCCGGGGUGUUGACAGGCGACUUUCCCGGCUGGAAAGGUGCGUUCAAGUCUUCAGGUGCCGGCUGGGUACAUGCUCGUAAAGCACUGGAAAGUGCAGCGAAAGAGGCUGAUAGGCUUGGGGUGAAGUUCAUUACCGGUUCACCUGAAGGUGCCGUCACAAGUCUCAUUUAUGAAGACGGAGAUGUACUAGGCGUUAAGACUGCUGAUGGAAAGGAACAUCGGGGUGAUAGGACAAUACUUGCUGCUGGAGCUGGAGCCGAUGCGCUUUUCGACUUCAAAGAUCAGCUUCGGCCAACAGCCUGGACUCUAGGACACAUCAAGAUGUUGGAGGAUGAAACAAAAUUGUACAAAAACCUGCCAGUUCUCUUCAAUAUAGAGAAAGGAUUUUUCAUGGAACCGGACGAGGACAAUCACGAGCUCAAGAUAUGUGAUGAGCAUCCUGGCUACUGCAACUGGAUCACAGGCCCAGAUGGCAAAACCAGGAGCAUUCCAUUUUCAAAACAACAGAUCCCUAUAGAUUCGUCCAAGAGAAUUCGACAAUUUCUGCUAGAAACCAUGCCUCAUCUCGCAGAUCGUCCGUUAUCCUUUGCUCGAAUAUGUUGGUGCGCUGAUACCCCUGACCGGGCAUUUCUCAUCGAUAUUCCUCCGGGAUACGCUUCGCUAAUUCUGGCGGUUGGCGGAAGCGGGCACGGCUUUAUGCACAUUACUUCAGUUGGAGGAUUCGUUGCCGAUUUGAUGGAAGGGGUACUAGAUCCAAAGCUGAAGCACGCCUUCCGAUGGCGACCUGAAACGGCAGUGGAUAGGAAUUGGAAGGAUUUACAAGGAAGAUUUGGGGGACCAAAUGAAAUUAUGGACUUUCAAGACGUCAGAGAAUGGACGGACCUCCCUACUAAAUAG